AUGCUAAUUUGGUUGACUCAUAAAGAUAAUUCAGCGCGCACCGCCGAGGACGCCGCCGAUGGGUCCUGUCCGUGGAAGCGCGCGCGUUGCAAGAUGGCAGCAGCCAUGCUAGGCCCCGGGGCUGUGUGUGCGCAGAGGGCGGCCGAGGCGGCGUGGCGCGGGCAGCAGGUGCAACGAAGGCGGCCCGGCACGGCAGGGCCCAGCAACGUCCUGGCCUUUCUGACCAAGCUGUGGACCCUCGUGAGCGACCCGGACACCCACGCGCUCAUCUGCUGGAGCCCGAACGGGAACAGUUUCCAUGUGUUGGACCAGGGCCAGUUUGCCAAGGAGGUACUGCCCAAGUACUUCAAGCACAACAACAUGGCCGGCUUCCGGAAAGUGGUUCACAUCGAGCAUGGGGGCCUGGUCAAGCCUGAGAAGGACGACACUGAGUUCCAGCACACAUGCUUCCUGCGUGGCCAGGAGCAGCUUCUGGACAUCAAGAGGAAAGGGACCAGUGUGUCUACCCUCAAGAAUGAAGACAUAAAGAUUCGCCAGGAUAGUGUCACCAGACUGCUGACUAACGUGCAGCUGAUGAAGGGUAAGCAGGAAAGCAUGGACUCCAAGCUGCUGACCAUGAAGCAUGAAAAUGAAGCCUUGUGGAGGGAGGUGGCCAGCCUGCGGCAGAAGCAUGCUCAGCAACAGAAAGUUGUCAACAAGCUCAUCCAGUUCCUCAUCUCCUUGGUACAGUCCAACCGGAUCCUGGGGGUGAAGAGAAAUAUCCCCCUGAUGCUGGGCGAUGGUGCGGCCCACCCCAUGCCCAAGUAUGGCCAGCAGUACUCACUGGAGCACGUCCACACCACGGCCCCAGUGGCAGCCACAUCCCCAGCCUACAGCGGCUCCAGCGUCUUCUCCCCAGACACUAGCUCCGGCCCCAUCAUUUCUGACAUCACGGAGUUGGUUCCUGCUGGCCCCUUGCCCGUCAGCCCUUCACCCGUCUCUGGCAGAAGUAUUGACAAGAGGCCCCUGUCCGGCAGUGCUUGGGUGCACGUCAAAGAGGAGCCGCCCAGCCCCCUUCAGAGCCCACAGGUAGAGGUGGUGAGCCCUGGGCCACCAUCCUCUGAGGUGGACACACCCCUGUCCCCAACUGCCCUUAUCGAUUCCAUUCUGCGGGACAGCGAACCCACUACCACCCACUCAGCCACCCAGCCUGCACAGGAAGGGGACCACAACCCCACGCCCCUGCCUGCCUCAGCCCCAGAGAAGUGCCUCAGCGUGGCCUGCCUGGACAAGAACGAGCUCAGUGACCACCUGGACGCCAUGGACUCCAACCUGGACAACCUGCAGACCAUGCUGAGCAGCCAUGGCUUCAGUGUGGACACCAGCGCCCUGAUGGAUCUUUUCAGCCCUUCAGUGACUGUCCCGGACAUGAGCCUGACGGACCUGGACAGCAGCCUGGCCAGUAUCCAGGAGCUGCUUACCCCCCAGGAGCCUCCCAGACCCCUGGAGGCUGAGGGCAGCAGCCAGGACUCAGGGAAGCAGUUGGUGCACUACACAGCACAACCCUUGUUUCUGGUGGACCCUGGACCCGUGGACAUGGGGGGCAGUGACCUGCCUGUGCUCUUUGAGCUGGGGGAUGGUUCCUACUUCUCCGAGGGAGACGACUGCACAGAGGACCCAACCAUCUCCCUGUUGACGGAGUCAGAGCCUCCCAAGGCCAAGAAUGCCACCACCUCCUAG